AUGUCAUACAUAACACCAUCCAUAGUGACGCUCUCACUCUUGACAGUAGGUGGCUACAUGCUAUUUACAGGAGCAGGUGAAUCAUUCAAUAUUGGCGAAUUUUUAGAAAGCACAUCUCCCUACAUGUGGUCCUCAUUGGGAAUUGGCUCAUGUAUAUCCUUUUCAGUAGUUGGUGCCGCCUGGGGUAUAUUCAUUACCGGAUCGUCAAUCAUUGGAGCUGGUGUAAAAGUUCCACGAAUCACAACCAAGAAUUUAAUUUCAAUCAUUUUUUGUGAAGUUGUUGCCAUUUACGGAUUGAUUAUGGCUAUUGUUUUCAGUGCCAAGUUGCAGAGCGUAGGGAAGGAGGCAUUGUACUCAAAGGAGAAUUUGUAUACUGGUUAUUCGUUGUUUUGGGCUGGUUUAACUGUUGGUAUUUCGAAUUUGAUUUGUGGUAUUGCCGUUGGUAUUACUGGUUCGACUGCUGCUGUUUCUGAUGCUGCCGACAGUUCUUUGUUUGUCAAGAUCCUAGUGGUUGAGAUUUUUGGAUCGGUGUUGGGAUUGUUUGGUUUGAUUGUUGGACUCUUGAUGACUGGUAAAGCACAGGAAUUUAGUUGA